AUGGGUUUAGCCAGUCAUGUCUGGUGCUUCCGAAAGUUGAUCAUUAUUUUGUUCUGUCCUCUGUUAUUCCUGCCGCUGCCUCUCAUCGUCAAGACUAAAGAGUCUGAAUGUGCUUUCACUAUGCUGGUUGUGGCGAUAUAUUGGCUAACGGAAGCCAUGCCGCUUUCUGCAACAGCUUUACUCCCGGCACUCAUGUACCCGCUCUUUGGCAUCAUGAAAUCCUCAGAGGUUGCUUCCGCCUACUUCAAAGAUUUCCACGUCCUGUUGAUCGGCAUUAUUUGCUUGGCCACUUCUAUUGAGAAAUGGAAUCUACACAAGAGAAUAGCCCUGAGGAUGGUGUUGAUAAUGGGAGUCAAUCCUGGACGGCUAAUGAUGGGGUUUAUGCUCAGUUGCGUUUUCCUCUCUAUGUGGCUCAGUAAUACCUCCACUGCAGCUAUGGUGAUGCCCAUCGUUGAGGCCGUUCUUCAACAGAUCAUGAAGGCAGGGUCGGUGACCGAUGCCGCUCACAACACUACGAAUGGAUUCACAAACCAGGCCUUGGAAGUGAAUGGUAAGAUUCAUUCUAUUGGUGAAGAUAUUCAAGAAUGCAAAAUCGCAUCAGAAGAGGCUGCAAAAGAAAGUGUGAGCAAAUAUAAAAGUGAGAAAGAUAGUAACUUAUGCAAAGGAAUCUGUCUCUGCGUCGCUUACUCUUCCACUAUCGGAGGAUUAACUACAAUCACCGGCACCUCCACCAAUCUUAUUUUUGCUGAGGAAUUCAACAUGCACUACCCCAAAUGCCACUGUAUAAACUUUGGGUCUUGGUUCAUACUAGUCUUCCCGAUGACUGUGAUCAUUGUGGUUUUAUCCUGGGUCUGGCUGCACGUGCUUUACUUUGGAUUCAACUUUUCAAAGACAUUUGAAUUCCGCAAAGAAAAAAGCAACAGGGAAAAAGCAUCAAUAAAAUUGAUUGAAGAAGAAUACAAGAAACUGGGACCCAUGGGGUAUCAGGAGAUUGUCACCCUCACCAUCUUUUGCUCCAUGGCUUUGUUGUGGUUUACACGGAAUCCAGGAUUCUUCCCCGGAUGGUCCAAUCUAUUUCCACAGUACAAAGGCUUUGCCACGGAUUCCACCGUCGCACUCUUCCUAGGAAUUCUAUUUUUCAUCUUGCCUGAUGAGAAUCCUGCUUCAGAGUACACCGCACUCAUUACUUGGAAAGAGUUCCAGUCAUGCAUGCCUUGGGAAACAUCAAUACUUGUUGGUGGCGGCUUUGCCCUGGCAAAGGGUUCUGAGGUAUCUGGGCUUUCUUUAUGGGUGGGAGGCAAAUUGGAACCUCUUGGCAGUCUGCCCCCAUGGCUUAUCGUACUGGUGUCCUGUCUGAUUGUGACAAGUGUCACAGAGGUUGCAAGUAACCCGGCCACGAUCACAAUCUUCCUUCCAAUUCUAAUUGCCUUGUCUGAAGCCAUUCAUGUAAAUCCACUUUAUUUAUUAAUACCCUCAACUCUUUGCACUUCAUUUGCAUUCCUCCUGCCCGUGUCCAAUCCUCCAAAUGCUAUAGUCUUUGGAUACGGCCAUCUUACAGUUAUGGACAUGGUAAAAGCAGGAUUGGGUCUUAAUUUAAUUGGCGUUGUGGUCGUGAUGGUCGCGAUAUCAACGUGGGCAAUUCCAAUCUUUGAUCUCAAAACAUAUCCCUCGUGGGCAAAAGAUCUCAGGAAUGCAACAGCUCCAUAGCAUCUAGGAUGUACGUGAACAGGCAGAACAUUACUGGGAAUCCUAUUGCUAUUAAUGUGAAUGAUGAAGACACUUUCUUACAGUGAAGACUUUCAAAAGUCACAAGUUAUACAAUAAGGUUUACAGCAUCUUCAUUUCUAGACUUCACUUCUUCCAACAAAAGACCCAAACUGCAACAUAGAAUAUAUAAUGAAAAUUAUAACUGGAAUACUGCAUCCAUUUAAGACAAUUGGAAGUACUUGCUACUGUGAAAUAGUUGAAACUUCCGUUGUCAUUUUAUGAAUGUAUGACUUACAAUUAAUUUGCUAUACAUUCCACUUACAAAACAUCCAGAUUUGCACAAAAGCUUUUCCUGCCUAUGGUUGCA